AUGAUCACUAAGACCCUUCCCUUUGAGAAAAAGGAUAAGCGCGUUAGAGUCAAAUUCACAGCAGAUGACGAUGCCAAGCUGAAAGCUUUGUAUCAAAUCUUCGGCAACAACUGGAAUGCAAUUGCGACGCAAAUGAGAUCAAAGAACGCUCGCCAAUGCAAGGAUCGCUGGACUCUUUAUUUGACACCAACACGUAAUGAUGAGCCAUUCACUAACCAAGAAAUCAACCAAUUGACAGACUUAGUUGAAAAAUAUGGCCAUAAAUGGAAAAUAAUUUCCAAAUUCCUUAACAGAACUGAUGUUCAGAUAAAGAAUCUUUGGAAAGUACUUCAACGAAAGAAAAACCUAAUCAAGACUACAACCGUAGAAAAUCCCCCUGAACCUCAGCCCCAACCAGUCUUCACCCCUCCAGUAAAAUCACCAGAGCCAGUAGCAAAGCCUUCAUUCAGCACAGGUCCAGAUUUCAUUAACUCGCUCCUUAAUCCAAAACCUAUUACCCCUCCAACUCCAUUGGAUAGCAAAUUAACUAUCUGCUACCCACAAGCAAAUUCAUUCCCAUCAUAUUUACACCUCAAGAACUUCUUUAGUUCUUUGAUUCCUCAAAAUGCGGAAUGA